CUCGUCGCAUGAGCGAUUUAGUUUCGGAGGUGUUGUCAAGAUGAAGUACCUCAUUGUUUGUUUCCUGGCAGUAGCGGCAACCUGCCUUGAACCAACAGUCAGGAAUCAGCGCAGAUUCCCUGAUGACUUCCUCUUCGGGGCUGCCACUGCAUCGUACCAGAUUGAGGGUGGAUGGGACGCUGAUGGUAAAGGUGAAAAUAUCUGGGACCGUUUGACCCACACGAAUCCUACAGUGAUUCAAGACUUAACCAAUGGAGACAUCGCUGCCGACUCCUAUCAUAACUACAAACGUGAUGUCGAGAUGAUGAGGGAACUGGGCUUGGACGCCUACAGAUUCUCAAUCUCCUGGGCCCGUAUCCUGCCUACAGGCUUUUCCAAUGAAAUCAAUCCACCAGGCAUUGAAUACUACAACAACCUCAUCAACGAAAUGGUGAAAUACAACAUCACUCCUAUGGUCACUCUGUACCAUUGGGAUCUGCCCCAAAAGCUGCAGGACUUAGGAGGUCUCAUGAACCCUCUCUUCACCGAAUGGUUUGAGGACUACGCAAGGGUGGUGUUCGAGAAUUUCGGAGACAGGGUCAAGUUGUUCAUCACUUUCAACGAGCCUAGAGAGAUCUGCUUCGAAGGUCUUGAGGAUAUGAACAAAGCACCUCUUCUGAACACCACUGGUGUAGGCGUGUAUUUGUGUGCGAAGAACUUGGUGAUGGCUCACGCUAGAGCCUACCAUUUGUACGACAAGGAGUUCAGGGCAACUCAAGGAGGACAGUGCGGUAUCACUAUUAGUGUGAACUGGUUUGGUCCGGCCACUAAUUCCGCUGAGGAUGAGUUGGCUGCUGAAAUCAUGAGACAAGUUCAGUGGGGUUUGUACGCCGAACCCAUCUUCUCGGCAGAAGGUGGUUUCCCUCGAGAGCUUUCUCAAAGAAUCGCAGAGAAGAGCGCUCAGCAAGGUUUCUCCCGUUCCCGUCUCCCUGACUUCACAGAAGAAGAGAAGGCUUAUGUCCAGGGAGCUUCAGAUUUCUUCGGAGUGAACCAUUACACCACGAUCCUGGUGUCAGCAACGGAACACAAAGCAUUUAAUUCUGCGCCUUCUAUGAUGGAUGAUGCUGAUGUUGGGUACUUUGUGCCUCCGGAGUGGCCGGUAUCUUCAGCUCCUUGGUUGAAGUUUGCGCCGAACAGCGUGUACUACGCCCUCACCCACUUAAGCGAGAAAUAUAACAAUCCCAACAUCUACAUAACUGAGAAUGGCUGGGCCACUUACCCUGACAGUGGCCUGGUAGAUGAUGACAGGAUCGCCUACUACAGAGCUGCGUUGGAGAGCGCUCUGGAUGUUUUAGAAGAAGGAGUGAACCUCAAGGGGUAUAUGGCCUGGAGUCUCAUGGAUAACAUGGAGUGGUUAGAGGGUUAUGUAGCUUGCUUCGGGCUCUACCACGUGGACUAUAAGGGUCCCGCACGUUCUCGCACUGCAAGAAAAACAGCGUUCAUUUACAAGCACAUUAUCAAGAACCGGUAUAUUGACUACGAGUAUGAACCCGAAUCUUUAACCAUGACUAUCGAUGAAGGAUAUUUGCUGGCAGUAGUAGCUACCUGCCAGGAACCAACAGUCAGUAAUCAGCGUAGAUUCCCUGACGACUUCCUCUUCGGGGCUGCCACAGCUUCUUACCAAAUUGAAGGUGGAUGGGAUGCUGAUGGCAAAGGUGAAAACAUUUGGGACCAUUUGACCCACACAAACCCUGCGGUGGUUCAAGAUUUAACCAACGGAGACAUCGCUGCCGACUCCUAUCACAACUACAAGCGUGAUGUCGAGAUGAUGAGGGAACUAGGCUUGGACGCCUACAGAUUCUCAAUCUCCUGGGCUCGUAUCCUGCCUACAGGCUUUUCCAAUGAAAUCAAUCCACCAGGCAUUGAAUAUUACAACAACCUCAUCAACGAAAUGGUGAAAUACAACAUCACUCCUAUGGUCACUCUGUACCAUUGGGAUCUGCCCCAAAAGCUGCAGGACUUGGGAGGUCUCAUGAACCCUCUCUUCACCGAAUGGUUUGAGGACUACGCAAGGGUGGUGUUCGAGAAUUUCGGAGACAGGGUCAAGUUGUUCAUCACUUUCAACGAGCCUAGAGAGAUCUGCUUCGAGGGUCUUGAGGCCAUGAACAAAGCUCCUCUUCUAAACACCACUGGUGUAGGCGUGUAUUUGUGUGCGAAGAACUUGGUGAUGGCUCAUGCUAGAGCCUACCAUUUGUAUGACAAGGAGUUCAGGGCGACACAAGGAGGACAAUGCGGUAUCACUAUUAGUGUGAACUGGUUUGGUCCGGCCACCAAUUCUGCUGAGGAUAAGUUAGCUGCUGAAAUCAUGAGACAAGUUCAGUGGGGUUUGUACGCAGAACCCAUCUUUUCGGCCGAAGGUGGUUUCCCUCGAGAGCUUUCUCAAAGAAUCGCAGAGAAGAGCGCUCAGCAAGGCUUCUCCCGUUCCCGUCUCCCUGACUUCACAGAAGAAGAGAAGGCUUAUGUCAAGGGAGCUUCAGAUUUCUUCGGAGUGAACCAUUACACCACGGCCCUGGUGUCAGCGACGGAACACAAAACGUUUAAUUCUGUGCCUUCUAUGAUGGAUGAUGUUGAUCUUGGGUACUUUGUGCCUCCGGAGUGGCCGGUAUCUUCAGCUCCUUGGUUGAAGUUGGCGCCAAACAGCAUAUACCACGUCCUCACCCAUUUGAAGGAGAAAUACAACAACCUCACCAUCUACAUAACUGAGAAUGGCUGGGCCACUUACCCUGACAGUGGCCUGGUGGAUGAUGACAGGAUCACAUACCACAGAGCUGCUCUAGAAGACGCCCUGGAUGCCUUGGACGCUGGGGUGAACCUCAAGGGGUAUAUGGCUUGGAGUCUCAUGGAUAACAUGGAAUGGUUGGAGGGCUAUGUAGCUUGCUUCGGCCUCUACCAUAUGGACUUUCAGGAUCCCGCACGUACUCGCACUGCAAGAAAAUCAGCGUUCAUUUACAAGCACAUUAUCAAGAACCGGUAUAUUGACUACGAGUAUGAACCUGAGUCUUUAACCAUGACUAUCGAUGAAGGAUAUUGAA